AUGAUUACUUAUCUACAAUCUUAUAAUAUUGUGAAUAGCAAAAAGUUAAAACCUGAAGAACUACAAAAACAACAAACUACAUUAUCAGCAAUGAUCAAAUCUAAUACUAAUACUCUACAUAAAGUUCAUAUGGAAUCUUAUGCUGAAGUUUAUCUUGAUGAUGAAGAGGUUGGUAAAAUUGAUAAUAGAAGUAAUACAGAGUCAGAAAAACAAUUAAAUAUAAAUACUACUUUUAAGCUCCUUCAUUCAAUUAAAGACUAUCCUACAUAA